CUUAAAACAAAAGGAGGCUGUCGAAUUUAAUGGAAGUCUUCUGAUUGGCAAGAGCGAAGGCUGCUGCUGCCAUGGCGACUGAUUUGGGCACUUGGAUCCGGUCUCUGCUCAAUCGAUCUCUCACUUCGCCUCUGCCCUGCGAUCCGCCAUCUUCCGUCGAAGCAGAUUUGGAAAAGCUGAAGACGAUCCUGCAUCGGAUUCACGCGGUGCUCUACGACGCAGAGAGAAGGGACAUCCAGUACAAGAGCGACCAGCUCCGGCAGAAGGAGCUCAAGGAGUUGGCCUACGACGCGGAGGACGUCCUCGACUACUACCAUUACCACAUACUCCAGUCCCGAGCGAAGGCAAAGGCUUCUCACAAGAGGAAACGAGAUGAAGAGGUACUCGUUGACUUGACUAUUUCCUCCCCCCAAUUAAGCACAUGCUUUACUUGUAUCAAUGGAAAAAUUGGAGAGCUCGAUGAAAUUUACGAAGCUGGAAACGUCGAAAAGCUUGAUGAAAUCUCACGUCAGAUUAAGAAGAUUUAUGAUAGGUUCACUGAAAUAGUAGAAUCUAGCAUUCAGUUUUCUUUCACACAACUUGAUGGAGAGCAUAUAAUCGAGGGAAGUAGGCAUCCGCCAGUCGCCAGUUCGAUGGUCAAUGAAUCUUGCAUCUUUGGAAGGGAGAGGGAGAAAAAAGAGCUGAUCAAUUUACUCCUGUCUGAGAACAGAGAGGAAAAUGUUUCUGUUAUUUGUAUCUCCGGUAUGGCGGGCAAAGGGAAAACCACACUCGCUCAGAUUGCUUACAACAACGAUCGGGUUCGUAAACACUUUGAUCGAAAGGGUUGGGUUGGUGUGCCCCUGGAUUUCGACAUCACAAAACUAACCAAGUCAGUCCUGGAGGCUGUUACUGAAAAUGCAUGCGGCCUUACUGAGCUCAGCACGCUGCAGCAUGCUCUGAAGAACGAACUGUGGAAGAAGAAAGUGUUGCUUGUCCUGGACAACGUGUGGAAUGUGUCAAGUAGCAAUUGGGAGUCCUUUCUUAUGCCAUUUGUUGAUGCAGAAAACGUAAGAAUCGUUAUAACUACGAGGUACGAAGUGGUGACCGAGAUCACGCAGAGUCAACCGUAUCCUCUUGGUGAGUUGGCCGAUGUUGAGUGCUGGUCUUUGUUCACUUACUAUGCAUUUGGCGGUCGGAAUUCAAGACAAGCAGAAUUGUGCGAAAUUGGCGAGAAGAUUGUUCAGAAGUGCGGCCGCUUGCCAUUGGCCAUCAAAGCUCUUGCAUGUCUUCUCCGGAACGACACAGAAGUAAAAUGUUGGGAUGAAGUCUUGAAAAGUGAGAUAUGGGAAUUAGAGAAAGAGAAUGAAAUCCUACCGGCUCUUAUGUUGAGCUACAAGUACUUGCCAAUCCAUCUGAAGCCUUUGUUCUUGUUUUGUUCAAUGUUUCCCAAGGGCUAUCUGUUCGAGAAGGAUGAGUUGGUGAGGUUUUGGAUGGCACACAAUUACAUCCAGCCCAGAAGAUGUAAAAGAGUGGAAGAUGUUGGUCAGGAGUGCUUCAAUGAGUUGAAGGAGAGAUCUUUCUUUGAUGUUGUUGCCGAAACUACCAAGUACAAAAUGCAUGACAUGAUCCGUAGCCUAGGGCAAUCAAUUGCAAACAAAGAAUUCCAGGCAGCACUGAGCAAGGACCAUGCUGAUAUCUCAGAUGAUGUUCGACACUUGUUUGUGAAAGGCAAGGGGGAAGUAGUAGAAUCCCUCUGCUUCAAGAAACCAAAUGUCUUGCGAACAUUGUUAUACGAACGUCUUGAUGUCGGUGUUCCAAGAAUUCCACGGGCUUUGCCAAAGCUGAGGUGUUUGCAACAUGUAUUUACCGAUUCAACCCAUGAAUCAAAUUCUUCUUAUUUCCCUGACCUCAUUCACUUGCGCUACCUUCGAGUGUACAACAAAGAAUUUGGACGGUUCCCAGAAUCAAUAUGUCAGCUUUACAACCUGCAGAGCUUGAUCCUUGACUACUGUGGAGAUCUCGAAGAGCUACCUGACGGUGUAGGGAAUCUUGUUAACCUCCGUUACAUUGGACUCUCGAGUUUGAAUAUCGCAAGACUUCCUGAUUCCAUAUGUCAGCUAUCCAACUUGCAAAAGUUGAAGUUGAAUGACUGCAGAAAGAUUAAAGAGCUACCAAAUGGUAUCAACAAUCUUUUUCACCUUCGCGAACUGACACUUUGUGAGAUGGAGAUAAGCGAGUUACCGGAUUCUGUAUGUCUAUUGACGAACCUACAAGUUUUGAAUCUGAGUGGUUGCGGUAACUUUUCUGGAUUACCAAAAGACAUUGGAAAUCUUUCCAAUCUUUACACCCUUGAAGUCACCAAAACUGAGAUCCAGGAACUGCCUGAAUCCUUCUGCAGGCUGGCUAAACUCCAGAAAUUGAGUUUGUCUGGUAAUUGGAAACUGAAAGAUUUACCCAGCAAUUUUGGAAAACUUGCUAGCCUCAAUUACCUUGAACUAAAUGAUGUUGGAAUAACAUUGCUGCCGAAAUGCAUAGUUGACCUCUCCUUACGAUAUUUGAGAUUCAGUGCAGUUUACUGAGUUCAAAGAAGUAUUGACUAGUAAAAUCUCAUGAAGGCAAAAGGGCAUUCUUGCCACAUGGACCUGGAAAUUGGCCGUCAAAUUGCUGUCCUCCACUAGCCAGUGUGUGUUUAUCAGGUAGAUGUAGUGAUGCAUAAUUCUCAGUAUGUAUUCUCUCAUAAUGUACAAUUGGAUUGAUGUAUGUAUUCUGUCAUAAUUUUCAGUAGAUGUUGAAAAUGUCAAACUCUACUUUAUUAUUAUUAUUAUUAUUAUUAUUAUUUAUUUA